GAAACUGAACCCUGCCUCUGACUGAGCUGAGAACAUCCUCUUCUCUGGGGAACCAGCAGCAGCAGGAGCUUGGCAGAAGGGCAGAGACGUGGGGGAGGUUUGCAGGAAGAGACCAUGUCUGGACUUGGGAAAGAACCACAAAGGAGUCCAACGGCAGAGCAAUCUGAGGAUGGGAGCUCAGACUCACCACCUCUGUCAUCAACAGCCCCAGAGGAUGCCGCACGCUACUCUGGGAAAUCAGGACUGAGACUUGUCCUUGUAGGUAAAACGGGAGCGGGGAAAAGCGCCACAGGAAACACCCUCCUCGGCAGGAAAGUGUUUGAGUCCAAACUCUCACCAAAGUCUGUCACCGCGAAAUGCAAGAAGGGCGAAAGCCCCUGGAAAGGGAGGCAGGUGGUGGUGCUGGAUACCCCUGGCAUUUUUGACACGUGUGUCCCAGUGGAAGACACGUGUCGGGAGAUCAGUCGCUGUAUUGCCCUCUCCUCCCCAGGGCCCCACGCCAUCGUGCUAGUGGUGCCCUUGUCCCGUUACACCGAGGAGGAAAGAAAGGCAGUCACACGCAUCCAAGGCAUUUUUGGAGCCAAGGCCAUGAGGUACAUGAUCCUGCUAUUCACUCGGAAGGAUGAUCUGGAGGGCACCGAAGUGGAAGAGUUCUUAGAAGAUGCUGAUUCCAAGGACCUUAAGGAGCUGGUAGGGAAGUUUGGGGACCGAUACUGCGCUUUCAACAACAAAGCCACAGGGGAGGAGCGGGAGGCCCAGGUGGACGAGCUGCUGGGGAUGGUGGAGGGGAUGGUGAAGAAGAACGGAGGCACCUGUCUUACGAAUGAGAUGUAUCAAUAUGCCGAGGAGAAGCUUCAGGAGAAAAUGGCGGAGCUGAAGAAAAGCUACGCGGAGCAGCUGGAACGAGAGAAAGAGAAAAUAAAACGCGAGUACGAGGAGAAAAUCAAAGAAUUAAGAGAAAAGAAGCAGCCACUUGCCGAAGCAGCAGAGGCGGAGAUUUUGCAGCAGCAACGGAGACGUUUAGAAGAAAAAGAGCGAGAUUAUGCUUCAAAACAGGCAAGAACCAGGGAAGAAGCUGAAGGUGGUUUCAAAUGGGAACCCCUUUUGACUGCUUUUGCAGCUGUUUUCAAAUUAGUUCAUGAAUGGUUUAAGGAUGAAUAAUGAGCCGAAUUUACUAACUUUAGUCUGAAUCUCUAAAAGUCACACAUUUCAGUGCUUGCUAUACCUAUAGACUCCAACAUGCUGCCCCCAAGAGCCAAAUUAUUCCCUGGUGUAGCUGCAUGGAUGCCAGCAGAGCUAUGGAGGGAAUGAAAUGAGCCCUUCCUUGCUAAGAUACCUUCCCGCCUGUGCUACAGACUCUAUCGCAUGCUUUGAUGUUCUGUUCCAAGGGCUAAUUGUCCCCACUGGAAGGGGGAGCAGAGCACAGGAUCUGAACAGAAAUCAAAUAUAUGUCUUUAGGUAUUAAGACAGCCACAGUUGGGUUAGCUUAAUGGGUGACAUUUGUAUGUAUCCCUGGAAAGGGGUUUUCGUGAGGUUUGUGAACUGAAGCUAGAGAAAUAUUAGCUUAGGAUUUUAUUUUUAUCUUUGGGUGCUCUUUUCCCUUUGUCACUGUGCGCGUCAUCCUAGAAAACACAUGGAUGUGCUUAUGAAAUAUAUCUUUGCUGCCACCUGUUACCACAACAUGAAGCUGCAUGCGCAUUCAGUCGUGGGCACAAACAGCUUCUAGUGAUACUGAUGUGCCACGUCUGUGGAUAGAAACGGGGCUGGGGAUGGGUUCUGAUGCUUUCAUACUUUACCGAUACCAAUAAAAUUGUUGCUGUUAUUAAA